UGUCCUAGUUAAGUUGAUUGGAUGUAAACAGUCACAAUCGAACCUCGUCCGAAGACAUGAGCCGACCGGGUUUUAGCGGGACCUCAUCCCCGAGUUUCUCCUCCAGCGUGCCAGAAAAUGGAUGCCACGCUGCAGAGCUAAGUGACGAGGAGAGGGACAAUCUGAGGUUCGACCUUGCCAAGAUGGAGGAGGAAAUUCAGACUCUCAGGCAGGUGCUGCUGACCAAGGAGAAGUCGGCUGCAGAUAUCAGGAGGCGGCUGGGUAUGGGCCCUCUCAGUAGCAUCAAGGAGAACCUGUCCAAAGGCUGGCAAGAAGUGCAGACCUCUUCCCCAUAUCUCACAGCCUCUGCAGUCCUGGAUGACAUCAGCAACUCCAACGUAUGCGUGAGGACCAAGGAAGGUCUCGCUCAUGCGAGUCACGUGACCUCUUCCGCAUUGACCAACGUGGGCGUGGUCAUCACCAGGAGGCUGGCGGAGUUAAGAGCUCUGCCCCUUCCAAGCCCACCACGCACGCUGAAUCACACCAUGAGUGUGCCAUCAAUGAGACACUCCUCCACAUUCAGGUCGUUUGAGGAAAUGGUUGGCAGUGUGAAGGUGAGUGGAUUAAUGGCAGUGAUGUGAAAAGUUUACGAAGAGGACCGCGAGUGAUUUGCGGGCAUUCACUGUCGGCAUGCAGCAGAAUCACUCAGUUAAAUACACAAAUCGCUGGCGUCGGGCAGAUCCUUCAAAAUGUGGUCAGUUUUGUGAUUUGAAUACAAAAUCGAAUUGAAUACAAUCAAAGACGUUAGAAAGGUGCUUGCAGUAAUGCAUACAUCAAGUUUUACAUCGAUUAGAUGGUACACUUUGAACUCUACAAGUACAGCACUCUACUUUCUUUUUUAUUACAGUUCAAUACAUGUGCACUGAAUCUAUAAGAACGUUCUCCUAUGUGGUACACUUUUUAAUCUUAAAUUCAAAUUAUUUUAAUGAAAUUCAUAACAACAUCUUUGCAUUGUUUUUGAUAAACAAUUAGGGCUACUGUGUUGCUAUAUUUUAAUGUUGUCAUCUGGUGGCUACUUAAGACAGCUAAGUAUGUUUAUAGGUGCUCCUCUGUGUAAAAAGUUUCAGAACCAUGGUCACACAUGAUUUUUUUGUAUGAUGACGCACCAUGUUUCAUGUAUGAUUUCCAGAGGAGAAGAUGACUGGCAGUCUUGACAAAUAAUGGAGAAACAUCUGGUUUUGAAAGAAGUUAUUUUGUUUGUCUGUGAAAUGUAAAAUACCAGCAACAGUUCCAGCAUGUUCAAAGAGUUCCUGCACGAUGCUUCAAUCCAUUCUGAGAUAGACUCCACUCUAUUCAUUUUAACACUUGCAAACAGAAAAGCUACACUGACAUCCCAAUGACAGUUUACGGCAUGAACAAAAAGAUCAGACAUAAGUGUUUUUGUAUUCAAAGAUUUUUCACUUAAAGUCAAAUGUGUCAUAAAUAGUGAAUAAAAUCUAGUUAAUUAUG